AUGUUGAACAUAUCAUGGCCUUCGCUGCCGUCUCUGAACAUUUUCUCAUCCUCACCGCGUCAGGCUAUCAAAUUGCCGCCUGUCAAGGUCCAUGAGACCGAAACCGCUCACGAGAAGCCGGCUCGGGCGUUGAAACAUCUAUUGAAGUUGGAUCACGUUGAGAAUGGUCUCUUUGACCGACGACAGCUCCCGAGUCAAAUGUCUCAUCUUUUGAGCUCGUCAUUCCUGCAAGGGGCAGAUGCCAAUGACCUGGGUCGUAUCUACGAAUCUCAAUUCAACGAGGUGGUCAAAUGGAAAGACUCCCCCGCGGAAAUUACCACGUUGGACUGGCGCAGCCAUCUUGGAUGCCGCGAGUUUGAUCGUGCCUUUGUUGACUUUUUCGAAGAUGAACUGGUCCGCCUCGGCUAUGACUGGAAGCAAGUCGUAGAUGAGUACCUGUUCAACGGACAGGAGCCAGUGUUUGGUUCUAUCAUGGCUGAUCUUGGCCUUCCUUUGGUUCACCUUGCAUAUGCUUUUGAGAUGAACAGUCGCGAGGUUGGCAUGGAAGCGCUUGGUCUGGCUGCUGCGUGCCACAAUGAGACUUACAAAUCAUUUGCCAAUCUGAUUCACUCAAACCAAGAAUCAUCUUAUGAAUCAAGGUCACUCUUCGACAUCCUGUCUCAUGUCCAAGGGGAUCAAAGCCUCAACGGCCUUUUCCCCACACCAGGCAGCGAUAACUUCGAAUCUUUACUCACAUCUCGCAACGCUGCGCUGCUUGCUCACUGGGGCUCGUGGAAGAUCGAGAACGCCUUAGAGCAGUUCCGCGAGAGCCAACAGCUUGCAGUUGCCUUGCUAGUUGGAACAUCUGAGGGAGACUCAAGGGGUUACUAUGAUUGGUUCUUUGCCACGGCCCUUACAACCAGCCAUGCUGUUCGUGUGAUGCUUCCGAUUAUUCCCGCUCAGUACCAAAUUCCUCUUGUUCAGCAAUGGGCGCUAAACACCAUUGGGAUCUAUAUUUCGCAGCUGCGACCUGGUAUUGACAUGGAUCGGAUUCGCGAGUAUGAUCCAAAGGAGAAGAAUUGGGAGUGGGUUUCUCAGCAAGCGGUCAGUGGUCCUUAUUCAACCGACCCGUCUUUUGUCCAGGCUACGCGUUCACUAAAGCAACAGGCUGAGACCUGGGGUGAUCAUGAUCGCUUUUUCUUGAAGGCCGCAGUGCGCUUUGUCACUGAAUUCAAAGGGUGGAGGGGCAAUUUUGUUGGAUUCGAAUUGUAG